AUGGAUGGCAAAGAUUUGGAAAAGCAGCUGGAGAGACAGCCGGGCCGCUGCGGGAGCGCCGCGAAACCCGGCACGGCUGACGCGACCCUCGGGGCCGAUGCGCCCCUCUGCCACAGCGAGGGCGGCGGCGGUCCCUCCGACAGUCGGGCACCACAAAUGAGAGCUGCAUCACCGGCGCCUGCUCCUCGGGCACCCGUCCCCGCAGCGGCCCCGGCUUCUGCUGUGGCUGCUCCUGCACCGAAGCAGCCUGGUCUGAUGGCACAGAUGGCUACAACCGCUGCCGGAGUUGCCGUAGGCUCUGCUGUAGGCCAUACCAUAGGCCAUGCGCUUACAGGAGGAUUUGGCGGAGGAAGCAGCUCUGAAGCUGCAAGGCCUGAUAUUACUUACCAGGAGCCCCAGGCAGCUCAGCCUGCCCAGCAGCAGUCGCAGUUCGCUCCUUGCCAGUACGAAAUGAAACAGUUCCUGGAGUGUGCGCAGAACCAGACUGACCUGAAGCUGUGCGAGGGCUUCAGCGAGGUGCUGAAGCAGUGCAGGUUUGCUAAUGGUUUAGCCUAAGCCUUCAGAACAAGGUUGCUGAAGACCAUCUUACAACAACUGACCUGUGAAUGAAAAAAAGCUUCCAUAAUAAAGUCUCAAGCUGUCUGAUAUCUCGUUAGUUCGUAUAUUCACACUAUUGUCCUCGUGGCUUCAUUCCUGCCAUAGCCGCUACAGAUGUGAUACCACUUACAGCAGCAAAUUAGCACAAAAUGGAA